UCUCGCCCAUUGUCGUAAAACAGGUUUGGUUGCGCUCGCGCAGGUAGCUAGCUUAUCUUACUACAACGCAGUCCUUCGUCAUCCGUCGUAGCGAUCUGUGUUUUACUGUGUUCCCAUUGUGUUCUGAGUCUACUAAUUACCUACUGCUUGUUUACUGGAUUUUGUUUGCCUUCGUGUUGGAUUUGGCUGUGAAAUGGAACGACGAAAUAGUUGUGUGUCGUGUGAGCGAUCUGUUCUACGUCGUAGAAGACAUCGUCUUACACAAAUGUUUUUAGAAAGAUAUCAUGACUAUGCAGUACUAUUAUUACAAGAAAUAAUGCCACGGGAGAUUGCUUUUGAUGGAACACUAUCAAUAUGCAACCCUUGCUGGCUGAGAUUUUAUCGCGCAGUGCAAGUCCGGCCAGUAGACGAUCCAUUACCUCAGCAAGUUCAAGAACCAUUACCCCAGCAAGUACAAGAAGAGGAAGUCCAAGAAAUAGUAGUUGACGUUCAACAACAACAAGACAUAGGUCUUAUGACUAUUCCUGGAUAUUUGCGUGUAUCUAAUACUGCUCGACGCUGUGUUUUUCAAAACUGCAGAAACGUACCAGCAAAUGCUGUGCCAAAAUAUGUCAGGUUACAUUUUUUUCGUAUUAAUAAGCUAUUCAUACCAAAACUUGCUCGAGUUUGCCAACCCCAUAUGAUAAACAAUGAAUGGGAAGAUCUACUUAAUGAGCAAAUACCUCUUCAUGAAAACUUUAAUAGUGCUCAUGUUCUCGAUAUUAUCGAGCUGUAUGAAUGGAGAUUGGAACGAGGAACUCAGUUGGACUUCGAAAAUGUUGAGGAGAUAGAUGACAAUGAACUACAUUUUUAUACGGGUAUGGAUAAAAUUCAAUUCAAUAAUAUUUUGAAUCAAACAUCUUCUCUACGUGAUAGAACCAACAGUUCUGCUACUGUUUUGGGACUGUAUUUAGUUAAAAUAAGAACAGGUGAACCAGACGAGCGUAUAGCUUCUAUGUUUAAUAUGUCGAGAAGAACAUUGGAACGAAAACUAAAAAUAGCUCGAGAAUGUUUAUCUGAAGAGUUUGUUCCCCGCCAUCUGGGUUUGGAUCACAUGACGAGAGAAGAUGUAGUAGCUCGCAACUUAACCAUCCCGAGUCAUAUUUUUGGAGGUAACCAGAAUGAACCUGCGGCCAUUCUUGUGUGUGAUGGAACAUACAUAUACGUGCAAAAAAGCUCCAACUUCCUUUUUCAGAGAAGAACGUAUAGCCUGCACAAAUUCCGCAACUUAAUAAAACCCUUUUUAAUUGUAUGCACAGACGGCUAUAUUGUAGACGUAUUAGGCCCGUAUCCAGCUAUUACUACGGAUGCCGAAAUAAUGCGUCACAUGAUGGAGGAGGAAGUUUGGUAUUGGUUUCUGAACGCCAACGAUAUUUUCAUAUUGGACCGCGGCUUUAGAGACUCUAUCCCUGCCAUCGAAGAGCAUGGAUAUGAUGCACAUAUGCCGCCAACAAGGACGAGAGGAGAGCAGUUGAGCACAGUAGAUGCAAAUAAAUCACGUCUAAUCACUAUGUGUCGUUGGGUGGUAGAGACUAUUAAUGGUCGCUUUAAAAAAGACUUCAAAAUAUUCCGCCAUGUUUAUUUUAAUGUAGCGCUUACAAAUAUGAUGACUGAUUUUAAAAUAACUGCAGCACUUAUCAAUGCCACUUAUCAGCCAUAUAGAGAUAACGCUCAUGCCGCAGAGUUUAUAAAUAUAAUAAAUGAGAAUAUAAAUAGAGAAAAUGAAUUGGCUGAUUACGUGAUUCGAAACAACUUAAACAGGCAAAGAGUUGCAUUCACGCCGAUAGAGGCAAACAAUCCCGAAUUAAGAGAUUUUCCACAAUUAACUUACGACGAGCUAUUUUUAUUUACCUUGGGAAUAUACCAUUUGAAAUUGGCCAAAUCUUAUUGCCAUGAACACAUGCGGCCAAACGGAGUGUAUAUAAUGGAAUUAUACCAUCGCAGAGAGUUGGUAGAAAAUAAAAUAUUAAUACGAGGCAGAAUACAGUCUCGUCACAUAAGAGCAAAACGCUAUUAUACAUAUAUACUAAUAAAUCCGGCAUUGCAAGGAAGACAAAGCCUCGAAGGGUAUUACUGUUCCUGUAUACACGGCCGCCGCACUGUAGGGAGUUGCGCGCACAUCGCCAGUGUGGUAUACUUUUUAUCUUGGGCUAUAUAUCAAGAAGAAUUUCACGCACCUGCGGCGUUUUUAGACGAAACUCUUGUAGAUUUGGAUGCGGCAGAAUAAAAGUAAAGAGAAAAA